AUGAAUCGCGAAUUUUUAGUAGUGGCAGUAGCUUUAGCCGCUUUGCCGCCCAAGGACACUUGGCAAGCUUCUUAUGGCGGCGACUCAGACUCCGAGUCCCCAACUCAGUUUUCUCCGCCGACUAUUUCCCAGGAAUCGUCUCCUCUUCCUCUUCCUCCACCUCCUCUCUCGCUCCUUAACCCGCCCAACUCCCUCGGGUCUCUGGAUUAUUCUCCCAGCGGGCAGCCCAGCAGAGUUAGGAGUUUUCCUCACGUUGAAGGGAACUAUGCUUUACAUGUCUAUAUCCCAGUAAAUAUACCAUCUGCGCCAAAGAAAGAUAUGGUUUUGUUCUUGAAGAGAGUUGCUCGUCUUGUGCCUGGUCUUUACGUGGUCGACGUUGAUGUCCCACUUGACGCUCUUUGCAAAGAUGAUGACAAGCUUGAGCAGGUUGCUUUGGGAAGGAAAUUCCACAUAAGCUUAGGCAGAACUGUCCCGAUCCGAGCUCACCAGAUUGACUCUCUGGUGACAAUGCUCCGUCAGAAGCUUCAGUUUCAGGGGCGGUAUUGGAUUGAUUUUAACAAGUGGGAAGUUUUUGUUAAUGAUGAUGGUACACGCACUUUUCUGUCUAUGGAAGUCACUGCAAAGGGUUUAGCCGAGGUUACUAAGCAGAUUCAAGCCGUCAAUGAGGUCUAUAAGCUUCACAAUUUACCUGAGUUUUACGAGGAUCCACGCCCUCAUAUAUCUUUAGUAUGGGCAUUGGGGGACAUUAGCAAUUCCUUGAAGAGUGCGGUUCAAGCAGAACGGAGAUUAGCUGUUGGGGGCUCACAAAAACAAAGCAUUUUUACCAGUAAAUUCAGCGGUAUCAAGUGUAGAAUUGGUAAAAAAUCAUACAAGAUAUGUAAAUUUUCAGAAACAUGAAAAAAUUGUAUUCUAGUUGCCUCUUUGGCUAAUUACUUCCAUAAUCAUGCUUUACAAGUCCUAU